AUGCCAUCCCUAUCCGACUGGCCUCUGUCCUCCACGCACUCGAGGCCUGAAUCUGAAGGCCUGACCGUGGACGAUGAAGACAAGAGCAACCAGCGACACGAUCGCCGCACUUUCAUUCUCCGCCAUCAACACGCGUCGGCAAAGACCGAGCCACCGCGAGCUUUCGAUACACAAAAAAACACCGCCAAGGUCCCCCGCCGUCGACGUCAAGCCCUGCCAGUGCAGCCCACAAACCCUCUGAACUCUUCGCACAACGAGUCGAAAAUGAUCAUCUCAAAGCCCAACCGACGCAUCAUCUACGAGAACCUCUUCAAAGAGGGUGUCCUUGUCGCCAAGAAGGACUUCAACGCACCAAAACAUGAAGAACUCGAUGUCCCCAACCUCGAAGUUAUCAAGGCCAUGCAGAGCCUUACCUCCAAGGGCUACGUCAAGACCCGCUUCUCCUGGCAGUGGUACUACUAUGUUUUGACCCCUGAGGGUGUCGAGUUCCUCCGUGAAUGGCUCCACCUCCCCGCCGAAAUCGUUCCCGCCACCCACAAAAAGGCCGUCCGCCCACCCCGCCCCGCUCAAGUCCGAACUGGCGGCGAUGGCGCAUACCGUGCUCCCCGAGGCGACCGUGAAGACUACCGCAAGAAGGAGGGCGCUCCUGGAGACUUCCGACCCCAAUUCGCUGGUGUUGGCCGAGGUGCUCCCAGAGAGUAA